AUGAGGCUAUUAAAUUGGGCAGAGUUGCAGGCAAGUCCCUACCUCUUUGAACAACUUGUUCUGGAUUUGGAAAUUUUACACAAUUUCUGCCUGGUGGUGUAUUUGUAUGGAGAGAUUGACCCUGGAACUUCUGGGGCAUUUCUAUUACUUUCAACACUACUUGCUGAAGCAACGUCAAAUGACACAUAUAUCAAAGCUGCAACUCAAACAUCUCAGUUCCUUGAAAAAUUCCCUGUAGUAGAAGAGACUGAGACCAUACUUUCUGGUUUGGAAGAUAACACAACAAACUGUAGUGGUUCUCCCCCUGGAGCUUUGAAGCAUUGGUAUCCAACAACUGGAGAUCAUAUUGAAGGAUUGAGUGUCCUUGCAUCUAUAAAUAGUACAUUAUUAAAAGACCUUCAACGUAUGAUUCUUUCUCAAACCUUGGGGCGGCGGAAUCAAAGGCCAGAUGGAAUCCUUGAUAUAGGUCCAAAUUAUAUACAAGGAUUUCCAACUGGUGAUCCCUUCUUGGUGCGCGGGCUUAUGACUGCAUAUCGGAGGAACCUCACUGGUGAAUCAAGUGACUAUAUCAAGAGCUUUAUAGAUAUUCAGUAUAAUGCCCUACUCAACAAUGCCACAUAUCCUGGAACAAAUAUGUAUGGAGGUUCUUGGAUUGGCCCACCAUCACGAAUUCUUAACGGCAUUAACCAGACUUUUGCUGCUAUGGUACUUGUGCAAGCAAUUGGUCUUGCCCCUUCCCCAUCUCCUUCCCCUACAUCUACAAAAACUGGCACAAUAGUAGGGGGUGUUGUUGGUGGUGUGACUUUCAUUGCCAUUGUCACUGGUCUCAUUCUUCUUUUUCUUCAUAAGAGAAAGCAAGGCCACCAAGGUCCCACUUCAAUUCUUGCAUCUUCUACUCUAUCUGUAUUCAUUACAUCUCAUCCUCCUUCCACAUAUGGAAUCACUCCCUUUAUACUGCCUGAACCAUGGGAGAUGGAUGUUGCACCAAAACCUGCAAAGGCUUUCAUUUCUCACCCAAACGUUCAGCCAGCUGCAGAUAAAACAGUGGAUCCAGGGAACUUGAUACAGGGCCAGCACAUGGUAGACCAACCAGAAGUAGAAGAAGUUACUAGCCAUAAUGGGGACAACCUUGAUUCCAGAUUCCAAGAGAUGUUAACAGCUCAUCUGGUUAGAAUCUUGAAUGCACAUUUGGAAAGAGAGUUGUUGCCACCUACUUAUCAAAGUCAGCUUGGGAGUGAUGCAUAG